AUGGCUACAUCGAAAAAUGCCACCAGUCUUGCGCGAGGGCUGGCUCGGGUUUUAUCUCACAGGCGUUGGUAUGCCGCGUACAGCGCCGCUGCCCUCGUCUCGAUCCAGGUCGGGAUAGGCAUCGUCCUGAAAGCGGCGCAGACGGACAAUCAUUAUGCCUUUUCGCCGUCGUCGUCCGUCACCAUCUCCGAGUACCUGAAGAUGCUCUUGGCCAUUGGCUUCUUCUAUCGCGAGUGGGCGGCAAGGGUUGCGGAAAACGCAGGGCGAGCCUAUCUGCCGGUUUCCGCAUCUGACGACUCUGUCCCCCUGACACACGAGGCGGAAAGACGAGCCGAGGAGGAUGACGAGCAGCACGAAACGGGGGACGAGGCUCUGCGGAAAACAAGGCCCUGGGUAGAGCGUUCGUUUCUGACAGCCGUGAGGAGGGAGGUCUCUACCGACAUAGCGUUCGGGCUGGGCCUCUUGUCGCUGUUCUACGUCCUCAUCAACAACUUGGUUUUCGUCAGCUACCAAGUUGCCGACCCGGCCACCAUCUCGUUGACCAAGAGCGGCGUGACGUGCGUCACGGCCUUGGUCCUGAUAUUCACCCUCAACACCAAGGUCACUGGCGUACAGUGGCUCGCCAUCGUCCUGCAGGUUUGCGGCUUGUUCGUCACGCAAUAUGAUCCGACGGCCGGCGGCGCAUACUCGGUCGGGGUCUACCUCCUCCUGAUCUUUCAAGUGUUCCUGAGUGCAGUAUCUGGCGUUGUCAACCAGGGCCUCCUGCAAGCGAGCGGCGCCAGCUUACAUGCGAGCAAUAUCAUCCUGUACGGCUCCGGCGCAUGGACUAACUUGCUGUGCCACGUGAUCAUGAGAAGCACCAAGCCCGACGAACCGGGAUUCUUCGAGGGCUACGGCAGCCUGCACGCCGUCUUGAUCAUCGUGAACAACGUCUUGAUCGGCCUCGCCAUGAACGCAGUGUAUAAAUGUAAGUGCUCCGCUCCCUGGGCAUCCGUCACCGGCGCCACUGAAUCCCAACGACAAAGCAGACGCCGACGCAAUCGUGAAGUGUCUCGCAACGGCCAUCGCCACGGCCAUACUCAUCUUUCUGUCGCCCAUAUUCUUCGGGACGACUUUCAACCUGUUGAUCGUCCCCGGAUCCGUAGUCGUGUUUGGCGCCUCGUGGCUAUACGCCACGAAUCCGAGUCCAACACCGACGAAGCCCAGCCAGAACGGCUCGCAUGCAAGCACCUCCCAGCACCGCCCUUGGACGCGGCUGCCAGCGCUGCCAUGUCCAGGUCCGGACUCUCGGCUUCCCACAUUGUCGGCGAGAAGAACGGUCAAUCCGCAGCCGUCAGGUCACCGUUUGAAAAGACGCUCGGGUUCGUUCUCUGGAACGAGGCGCGCCCGGAACGCAUCCCGCACGUCAUGAAAUACCAACCCUUUUUCCACUCUCUGCACAUCUCCAUGCCGAACCAGACGGCUCCACGGCAGGGGUUGAACCACGAAAGCCUGGGGCAGGACGCGGCCACCAUCACCUUCACCAUCUACCGCCAGGUGGCGUUGACAAUGCAAGUCAUUCUGGACAGCCAGCCUGACGUGAGCGGUCUCUUCUACUUUCACUUCGAUUCCUGGAUCGACCCCCUCGCGUGGAGUGACAUAAACCUGGAACAGCUCCACUUUCCCGCCUUUACCGACAAGACGAAACGGCCAUUUACCGUGUGCAUGAAGGACACGGCGAAGCAGGAGUGGUGGGGAUGGGAGAAGGGAAUCCACAAAAAGGCGCUGGAAGCAGUCUCGGCAGCCAAGUCGAGCGUCUUGACCCGAAACUACACGAUAAACGACGGCGAGUGGUGCUUGGGAUGGAGCGACAUAUACUACAUACCGAGGCGGUUCUUUGCAGACUUCAUCCGCCUCGCCCGGGUCUUCUCCGACCCCCGGUUCGACGUUUUCCACGAGGUGGCGAUACCGACAAUCGUCCACAUCAUCGACAACAGCCGCCGCGAAAGCCCCGACAGGCCAGUCGUUGAUGGGAUCAGCGACUGUUGGGGUGACUGCUGCAGUUCCAACCCCUCCGUGGGCGACGUACUUGGCCAUCGUUGCGGCCAUCGUCUGGACUACCGCAAUGAGACGGUAACGGACGCCUUCUUUGCAAAGCUGGCGAGUGAAGCAUCCUUGCUGAAGAAAUACCAAUAG